AUGGAGAGACUGAACACUCAUGAGGAACAAGAAGAAGAGAAGAGAGAUCUAUAUGGCUCCAGUCAACGCAAAAAUCAUGAUCUCAAGGUUGUGGUUGAUUCCUCCUCAGAUGGAAAUGCCGAAGAAGAUACAGAUGACCGAGGACAACCCAGCAAGGAUCUCGCACUUAUCACGAAAAGAUUCCAAAGCUUCCACAAAAAGAGACAGUUCCAGAAAAGAAAUUCAAGCAACUUUGGGGGUUCAAAAUCUUCAUCAAAACCUGCCGGAGAAUACACAUGUUUCAACAAGAGCAAGAACUACGACUCUGAUGAAGAAAAGAAACCGAAGAAAUUCUUCAAGAAGAAGGACAACUCCAGCUCAAAAUCUUUGUCAAGAUCUUCAUCGAGGAACCCGUCCAAGUCCUCCUCCAACCACAAGAAUACUUCUCGCAAGGCCAAGGCGUACAUCGACAAGGAGAUGGAUUCUGAAGAAGAAGAAUCGUCUGCCUCCGAAGAAGAAAAUGAGUCCGGUGAGGAUUCUGACUCGGGCAUGGCUGGCAUAGCAUGUGCCUCCUCUCCUGUGACGAAUUUCUUCGGGAACCCGUCAAGCGACGAUGAAACUCCUGCCAACUGCUUCAUGGCCAAGGCUUCAAAAGAAAAGGUAUCCUCCAAACAUAACAAGGUUCACUCUAGUGAUCAAUAUUCUUCUGAUGAGGAUGACCAUGCUAAGUUGAUCAAAAUUGCAAAUAUUCAAAAAAAAAAAACUCUUGAAAAGAUAGAGAAAACCCUUAGGAAAUCUGAAGGCUUGUUGGUUGAGGAGAUGGAGAAAAAUCAGUCGUUCACCGAAGAGUAUUCCACUCUCAAGUCAUGA